ACAUGGGUUUUACUCCAAGUCUACCAAUUCAACUUCCUCACUCUGAUUUAAUACGUGGGCAUGUUUAUUGUUGCUUCGUUGUUCCUUUCAAGCAACUUACUCAGGCUUCUUGGCAAAGAGCCUCCAGACUUGUCAAGAGUAGGAAUUCUAUUUUAUAUGUUUUGCAUCAUAAAAUUAAUUGUCAGUGGUACACUUGUGAUCAAAUGUUCAAAGGGUAUCAAAACUCAGAGGUUCAUUGGACCAUGCACAUCUUUGGAGAAGAAGGGACCUGUUGUUGCUGAUAUUGCUACAGGGGAGGGGAAUAGAACAACUUGGAAAAUGUGCAAGAAGGCAGAGCUAACUCAUACACCGAAGAAUAAAUUGAUGAAGUUCAUAUCAAAUUAGUGGAAUUUGUGAGCCACAUGUAGCUCCUUUAUUUCUAAUUAUAGGUAGGAA